AUGAAGUACACGGAGAUCUGCCACUUCAGCCACCCUCAGCACUUCCUCGUUUUCGAGCACUCGGAGGACCCGUUCAAGUGCGACGGGUGCCGGGAGGCCGGGCUCGGGUCCCGCUACCGGUGCUCGUUCGGCUCGUGCAACUUCGACCUCCACACGCACUGCGCCCUACCCUCCGCCUCGGUGGCCCACCCGUUCUACCCCAAGUGCACAUUCCAAUUCAUGUGCAGGCCCGCAGGCCCCACGUCCCGUUAUUGCAACGCGUGCGAGAAGGGUGUUUCGGGUUUCGUGUACCACUGCCGGUCCUGCGGGUUCGACCUCCACCCGUGUUGCGCUAAGCUGCCGAUGGUGCUUGACGACGGUGAAGUUAAGAUGUACCUCUACAAGAAGAAUAGCGCGCCAUGCCACAGGUGCGGCAGGAAAGGGAGAAGCUGGAGCUACAGAUCGUCGUGCAAAAAAUACAACCUACACGUGGCGUGCGUGAAAGAGAUGUUGGUCGACAGCUGGCACGAGCUCUACUACGGCGCGUGGGCUGGGCCAGGCAGAAAACCAGGGACUGGGCUACCCAGUCUGAAGUCCACCCUGCUGGCCCAUAAUCAUAAGAAAUACAAAGGGAAGGCCCAAAAGUGCUGUGAGGUGGCAGGCCUUGCGUUGCAGAUCGUUAUAUCCGCUGUCUUAGGGGAUCCCACCACCCUUAUAGCGGGCCUAGUUGGUACAUUGAUGUCCAAAUAG